AUGAUGAUGGACAUGAAGAAGCAGCUGUGGUCUCUGGCCCGCUUGUUCCUACCUGCUGUGGGAUUAGCAAUGACGUGCAUCGGAGCCUACCUGGUGUCCUGGCAGAACAAGUACACUUUGAGCGUCAUCCCUACCUAUGUCAUGAUUAUAUUUGGCAUCCUGGCUGUGCUCAUCGGAUUCUUCUGGACCAUGUGCCACAGCAUGAAGACCAAAGUGUACCACAGAAGAAGAGGAGAACGGCACAUCCAGGUCUACACUAUUGAUAGACCAAGCUCCUUCCCUCCAUCGUACGAGGAGUCCCAGGGCAGCCAGGAGUGUCCUGACACAGCCUCUGAGUUUGUUGUCACUGUCGAUGAGGUGGAUGGUGCAUUGAGUCUCGCUCCUCCUCUGUACAGCCAGGACAGCUCUGAUGCUCCAGACUGCACGUACAGCUGGGAGCAGCCUCCUCGCUACAGCCAGGUAGAGCGUACUGAGCAGGGAGAGGUGCAUGCAGAGGAGCGGAGGGAGGCCAUGUCCACACAUUGA